AUGGCAUCUACCGUGGAACCGAUUACUAGUACUCUAGCCGCCGUUACCGCUUCUGCUCCAGUGGUGGACGACAAACUAUGGAUGCUCAUCCUGGGCUUCAUCAUUGCGUUUGUCUUGGCAUUCUCCGUGGGAGCCAAUGAUGUAGCAAAUUCGUUUGGUACGGCUGUGGGCUCAGGUGUAGUGACUCUCAAGCAAGCCUGCAUCCUAGCUAGCAUUUUCGAAACUGUGGGCUCCGCCUUGCUGGGGGCCAAAGUGAGUGAAACCAUCCGGAAGGGCUUGAUUGAUGUGGAGAUGUACAAUGUAACUCAAGGCUUGCUCAUGGCUGGCUCCGUCAGUGCUAUGUUUGGUUCUGCUGUGUGGCAACUAGUGGCUUCGUUUUUGAAGCUCCCUAUUUCUGGGACCCAUUGUAUUGUCGGCGCAACCAUUGGUUUCUCCCUCGUGGCCCAGGGGCAAAAGGGCGUCAAGUGGUCUGAACUGAUAAAAAUUGUGAUGUCUUGGUUCGUCUCUCCACUGCUUUCUGGUAUUAUGUCUGGAAUUUUAUUCUUCCUUGUUCGUGCAUUCAUCCUCCGUAAGGCAGAUCCAGUUCCUAAUGGCUUACGUGCUUUACCAGUUUUUUAUGCCUGCACAAUUGGAAUAAACCUCUUUUCCAUUAUGUAUACUGGAGCACCGUGGCUGAAAUCUCCUAGAAGGUGGCUGGCCUGCGCCCAUUUCAGAAGGCUGCAGGCUAGUGUAUGCUGAGUUAACCUAGAUAGUUUUCAACCAAAGAGACCUGCUCAGAUUCUAAAUCACUACAGACCUUUCCUCUUUAGUCUUCACAGGAUCCACUGAUAAUAUGACCUUCUCCCCUCCCUUUGUCGUAUCUAUGCCAAAAAUGCUGGAAUUGAUACUGGCCUCAACUGCUGAAGAGUCAUUAGUUAGUCUGUUCUUCAAUAACCUGUCAUUUAGGACUGGUCAUUGGGUGUUAUUUUUCUCUCUCAACUGGAGCAAUUUCAGUUUCUAAUUUAUCAGUUUGUGCCCCUGAAUUUACUUGAAUGAGAAGAGUUGAAUACCUGGUCAAAUUACACUUGGAAGAAGAAUUUCUGCAGCUAAGGGGAACCUUUUGAGAGGAUAUAAAGGUUCAGGUGUUGUUUGCUUUCCUAGUGGGUCUAAGGGAAGGAAAGAAUUCACUUAAUGGCAGCUGAGAAAUUGAUAGCUUGGACCUUAUGAGUCAGAGAAACUGUGUCCAGGCUCAUUUGGCGUGCUGGAUCUUCAUUGCAUAAGAACCUAGACAGUUACUACACUUACUCUCUAACUAAUCCGUGGGAAGAGGAAAGAUUGUGUGCUGCCCAAGGCACCUCUGUGUCCAUAUGUAAAGAGAAAGGUAGCAUAGGGAUUUUCCUUAUGUAUGCAUGCUCACAUCUUCACUUCUUAGAGGAUUUUAAUACUUGUGACUCUUAAUUGGUUCUACCUCUGACUACUGGAUUGUGACCUGUUUAUUAUUGCUACUGAAAUUAUGUAGUAAGUCACUGAGCAAAACAGCUAGCAGAAUAUUUCUAACAUUUUUAUUCUUGAAAUGUCAAUAAAGAGGUAGAUUUUAUGACAGGUCUGGCUUUGAUGCAAGAGUUUUGCUACUUUUGUUUUGUCCUUUAUGGAUCGUGUAUAAGGAAAACCAGUCCUUUUAUUCCCUUUGGCUUGGAAUGUGGGCACAUUUAAACUGUGAUAGAGACCGAUGAAUCCUCAUUUGUAUUUUACUUUGUGUGACUAACUGCAUGAGCACAAUUGAAAGCAGAACUUAAAGACUGGUAGUCACCACAGAACUUCAGUUCUGAAGGAUCUCAGUUUAUGUUCAAUUCUUAAAGACUAGUUCUUAGUAUUUUUCUCUUACGGUGCUGGGGAUUGGCUCUAGGGCCUUAUGCAAGCUAGGCUGAGCUACAACCUUGGCUUAAAAGGUUUUAAUGGAACAAUAAUGUUUCCAUUUUAUAAGUGUCUUAAUAUGCAGUAAGCAGAAUCAAGUGAACCAAGUGCAGGUACUCAGCUGUUGUGGGAAGAACAAGCAGGCAGUGGUGCCCCGGGUUUCAGUAAUGUGAAGUGGUCCUGACUUUAGUGCAGACCGGCAGCCCCAGGUGCCUGUAUGCCAGUGGUAAGCUGAUUCUAACCAGCACUGCCGAUCCUGAGAUCCAAGGGGAAAAUACUGGAGAACAAGUCUCUCAAUGACUUGUUAGUAAACUCCCUCCUAUUUAAAUGGCUAUCUUCCUACAGGCAGCAGCCCUGUCUUCUGUUAGCUUGAUGAUACUUCUGCAGACAGUUUCUCUGAAGGCUGCCUGUUCCAGUGAACGUGAUAACUUCCCAGAGUUGUGUCAGCACGACACUUUAAGUGUUAAAAUAAGUCAUGUGUAAGUGUAGUAUGUGGCAGUUAGAAUGAGAAGCUGGGUGGAGAAAGGGAUACUUGGUUGGUUUUAUAGCUUCAGGUUGUAGAGACUCUUACAUCUGUGGGGCCAAGAGCAUGAAGAAGUACAGUACACGUGUCCAGCAAGUGUUCAGUGGGCCUGGUUGCUGUGGGUAUAAGCUGGUCAUUGGGGUUUUCUCCAUGGUCUGUAUAGCCACUAACCUCAUGAGACUCUGGAAUGGCAGCAGCUGUCGAGGGUGAUGGGCUAGCUUGAGGAAGCCCUUCUUCCCCUCAGGAGGGUUUACACGUUGUUGCAGGGGGCUGUUGCCCUGGGGUUUUCAAGAUGCACCAUUUUAUCUCGUAGUGCUGGGCUUUGACAAACUUCCUCUGUGGGGUACCAUCCUCAUCUCGGUGGGAUGUGCAGUUUUCAGUGCCCUUUUCGUCUGGUUCUUUGUAUGUCCCAGGAUGAAGA